AUGGCCACCACCCAAACAAUCCCCCAAACAACAACCCCAUUCCUCGCCUCCGACCACCAAGACUCCAAAAAGCACCUCCUCCUCGCAACAACCGGCUCCGUAGCGACAAUAAAACUCCCGCAACUGCUAUCAGCCCUCUCAAAAACCUUCUCCCCCGAGACGCUAACAAUCCACCUCAUCCUCUCCCCCUCAAGCAAGAACUUCCUCUCGCCCGCCGACCUCUGCGAGAUCGGUGCGAAUCCGCUCGUCUCGCGGCUCUGGAGCGAUGCCGACGAAUGGGCCUUCCCCUCGGGCGUGUACACCCGCGAGUGUCCGGUGCUGCACAUCGAGCUGCGGAAGUGGGCGGAUUUGCUCGUUGUGGCCCCGCUCAGCGCGAAUACGCUCAGUUCUGUUACCGUCGGGCGGUGCGAUGGGUUGUUGUUGAGCGUUUUGCGCGCUUGGGAUUGGGCGCGGGCGGGGAUUGUGGUUGCGCCGGCGAUGAAUACGCUUAUGUGGACACAUCCGGUCACGAGUGGGCAGGUGGAGACGCUGAAGGCAUGGGGAGUGGAAGUCUUGAUGCCGGUGAGCAAGGUGCUGGCAUGUGGGGAUGAGGGGGUUGGGGGGAUGGUUGGCGUUGAGGUGGUUGUUGAGACGAUCGGGGGGAGGUUAAGGAUUUAGUCGGCGGAGGGAGAGGGGGGGAAAGGGGAUGAGGGGGUGAGGUUGAAGGAUAGGUUGUGUCUCGGGUGGAUCUUGUGUGGUUUAAUUGAGAUUUGUGAUGUUUGUUCUUGUUUUAGGGGCGGGUUUUUGGUGUUUGGUAUCUUUGGCGUACUAGUAGAUAAUUAGGAUGCUUCCGGGCGCUUUUAAUUGUGA